GCUUGGGUUCUCAGGUUGUGGUAGCUAUGUCUGGCAGGGGCAAGGGAGGUAAGGGCUUGGGCAAAGGUGGAGCUAAGCGCCACCGCAAGGUUCUGAGGGACAAUAUCCAGGGCAUCACCAAGCCAGCUAUCCGUCGUCUUGCUCGGCGUGGAGGAGUCAAGCGUAUUUCCGGGCUCAUUUACGAGGAGACCCGAGGUGUGCUGAAGGUGUUCCUGGAGAAUGUCAUCCGGGACGCUGUAACGUACACGGAGCACGCCAAGCGUAAGACGGUCACUGCUAUGGACGUGGUGUACGCUUUAAAGCGACAGGGACGCACCCUCUAUGGCUUUGGAGGUUUCGAGGUGGCCCUCCUCCUCCGUUUCCCGUCCUUGCGACGCAAGUCCGGCCGUGUCCGUGCGCUGCGCGCGCUCGCCCCCAGACCUCCCCCGAUGCGCCGCGUGGUCAGCGGCCGGCCCGGGAAAGCGCUGCAGUCCUUCCCGCUGGGGGAGGCACGCUGCUUUGGGAAGGCUCCCCGAGCUCAGACCGCGGUAGUCAUGUCUGGGAGAGGAAAGGGAGGUAAGGGCUUGGGCAAAGGUGGGGCCAAGCGUCACCGCAAGGUCCUGAGGGACAAUAUCCAGGGCAUCACCAAGCCCGCCAUCCGUCGUCUGGCACGGCGUGGGGGAGUCAAGCGGAUCUCGGGACUCAUCUACGAGGAGACCCGGGGUGUGUUGAAGGUGUUCCUGGAGAAUGUCAUUCGGGACGCAGUGACUUACACGGAGCACGCCAAGCGCAAGACGGUCACUGCCAUGGACGUGGUGUAUGCCCUGAAGCGACAGGGACGCACCCUUUAUGGCUUUGGAGGUUAGGCGGCGGCCGUGGCGGCGGCUGCUGCUGGCUUAAGCGUGCGGCAAUUCCAAAGGCCCUUUUUAGGGCCACCCAUAUAGUCCUUUGGAGGAGCUGGGUACAGCGUGUGUUUACGUGUGUGUCGCGCUUUGGGGCUGGGUCGUUGACGCGACUGCGUCUGUUUUUGCUGGCUGAGCGUUCCCUCGUUAAGUCUGCUGGCGUUGGACUGAACAAUGGGGUUGAGGCCUUCCCCGUCUAGCUGCAGCUGCGCGGCUGUGUCCGUACUUAGGUGUUCAGGGACUAGGGGAAGGCGCUCCACAACAACCGAAGUGCGGAUUCGGCCGGUCCGGACAGUGUUUCUUUCAUGAAUCGAGCUCGGUGUAACUGGAGUCCACGUUCGCCUCGAAGAGUACC